AUGUCGGAUGACAAUUUCGAAAAAAUAGUGGCUCCUCUUAUAAUAAAAAAACAGGAUACCUGUUUGAGAGAAGCAAUAAGUGUGCACGAGAGAUUGGCCUUAACACUCCGUUUUUUGGCAACUGGACGACAUUUUAAUGAUUUAAGUUACACUUCUGUAAUGGGAAGGAACACUGUCUGUGAAAUUGUUAUGGAAACUUGUCAAGCUUUGAAUAUGGUACUGAAAGAUUUCAUAAAGAAAAGUUGCAAUGAAUUUCGAAAAAAGUGGAAUUUCUUCCACUGCAUGGGAGCAAUUGAUGGGAAACAUGUGGCUAUACGUAAACCAGCUAACUCUGGAUACAUUACAACAACUACAAAAUUUUUUACAACUACAAAAAUUUCAUUAGUAUUAUGUUAA